GCCGGCACUCCUUAUAAGCACCUGUUCCUCCACGUCACGCCGAGCUCCACAUAUGAAAAGCGUGUGAUUGUUUUCCGAAUGGGACAGUGUGCGUAGAUAGUAGUAGACUGGGAUUAUAUAGCCUCCUUGGAGGUUCAUUUCUCCAUUCAACUGAAAGCAAGACCUGGUAGGACACUGCACACCACAGGACAUAACAUGGAGGAAGCUAGUAGCCAUGCAGCAUCACUGUUGGAAAGUCUGAACCUCCAGAGAGAGCGAGCUCAGUUCUGUGACUGUGUGGUCAGACAGAGACAGAAUCCGGGUCAACUCCACCCUGCACACAAGUGUGUCCUGGCAGCUUCUAGUCCAGUGUUGGCAUCUAUCUUGUCCUCUACUGGUGCCCUGGUGGAACUGCAGGCUCAAUGUUUAUCUGACACUGUAUUGGCACUUCUUUUGGAUUACAUUUACACAGGGGCUUUGCCAUGCACUCGCAGCCAGCACCAAUAUUACAAUCUACUCACUGCCGCCAGCUACCUGCAGAUGGAUGAACUGCAGGAGGCUCUGAGGGCUUGGCAACAGACUGAGGCGAAAGCUGCAGAUAAUACGAAGGCUUCCACUGGAGCUGAGAAUCAGCCAUAUGAAGACAUUAACAAUACUUAUAGUACAACUGUGAACAAUUCUUGUAAGUAUCUGCCAUUAUCACUGGAGAGAGAGGAUCGUCAAUAUUCAGCCAAUGUGGACCCACGUGAUGACAUAGAUCCAUGUGGAACUAACAGUAAAAAUGGUACAAACCGCUGUAGCAGAAAAGGUGGGAGCACUUUAAGCAAUCUGACGCCUCAGGAUUUGAUUCAAAAUAUCCCUUGCACCAGUGAAGUGCACAGGGUAUCUGGAGUGGAUAAAGAGGUGCAAAAGGAUCAGUUUGAUUCAGCUCAUUCAGCUGGCACAGAGGAGGAGCCUGAGAAGACAGUUGAGGACAUGAGGAGCUCAUUUUUAAUUUGCACUGCUGUGAUGCAAGAAGAAGAGACGAGCAGCGCAAAGAAGAAGCAGCGACUGUGUUUAACCGUGAAAAGUAAAGCAGAGGAGAAGCAAUCUAACAGGAAAGAGAAGGACAUGACUCAGAUCCGUUGCUCUCCCCUUCUUCGCCUCUCAACCUCCCAGCUUAAGGACAAUGUUUCGCCCUCACAGGGCUCCUCCUCAUCAUCUUCCUCAACACCACAUCCGUGCUGUGGGGCAGUGCCUGUCAUCCGCCACAGCAGUGGAGCAGCUAUGCUCCAGCUGGCAGACGUGCCGCCAAUGCCUCCUCCUUACCAACCAGUAUCCCAGGCCUCAGUCAGCUCCAGCAGGGCCCCUGUCUCACGAUCAGGAAGCACAGACAGUGACAGCAUUGUUGAAAGUAUUACCACUAGACACAAAAAGCAUAAUGGGGAACAGAAUCAGGAUUACGGAAACAAUAAAGAUCAUAAUGGGACACAGAGUUGGGAUUCAGAUCAAUCCGACAUCGUAAAACAGGAUUACAACAGCAGCAAUAAAGAUCAUUUGAUAGGACAGAAUGAUGAACAUAUUAGCAAUGGUUUAUCCCACAUUACAGAUCAUAAUGAUCGCCAUGCUCAUUGUGAUUCAUUUCAGAAUAUGAAUCACACAAAACAUCCUAAGGAUGAUUCAGUGCCAAAGAAUAAGGAUUGCCGCCAUUUCGCCAAAGGAUUGCAGAAUAAAACUGAUCAGAGUUUUGAUGAUUUCCCCUCCAAACAUCAGCGACUGGACUGUUCUGAUUGCCACAAUGUCUGGACGACAACUGCAGCAGAAGAGCAGUCCCUUUGCUCACAAGAUCUGAGAGCUGUAGUACCACUUCCUGUACAGGACUCAGACGCAGGAAGUGACUCGCACUGUGAAGAUCUGUGUUCUGAGGGAGAAGCAAAAGAGGAACACAUUCACUCAAGGUGUCCAGCUGAAACCGACAGACAGGACAGUACCUAUGAACCCAAGAUUGAUUGGUACCCAAACUUGCAUAGAGCUGAGACAGGCACAAAAGAUGCUGCCUCCAGCCAGCAUGAACAUAACUCAGACAACAGAGACACAGCUAUGACAGACAAAAGCCACAGUGUUGAUCUUUGUCGACCUGUCUCCACCACACCAGAAUCACGUUUGGAUGGAGACACUGCUGAUCUCUUUGGCUUUGAACGCCGCACAUCUGUGGAACAUGAAAAGAUGUCAGAGCCACACUUAACUUUUACAAUGCCUGCGGAUCACAAUAUGUCUGAACCUACGUAUAGUGUUGUGGGGCCGUCAUACCGUGGACAUCUUCAAUAUCACUGCCUACCACGGGAAGAAACACACUUAUCACACGGAUACUCUCGUUGCAAACACUCCCAUCCUAGCCACCCAGAACAUUCAGACCAGUCCAGUGAUGAUGAAGAGGUUGGUACCUUUGCCAAUUCAGGUUACAGUCCUCUGAGACAGCACUUUACAGGGACUACAGACCAGGUUCUACUGCUGGACAUUAGUGCCAAACCUGCUGAGUUGCUAGUUGCUAAUGCAUUCGGCCAGAAGGAAACAUUUCCAAAUGGGUUUGGGAAUAGAGAGCAAUGGAAUGAAGCAACAUGUGUAGCAGGGGUUGACACUAAAUAUUGGGUUGGAGAAACAAAUGUUAAAGAAAGAAGAUCUGUUGGUAAAGACCAAAGCAGGCCAGGAGCUGAGGUUAUACAUAAAGCCGGGGUUGUGGAGGGGGUUUCCAACCCUAAAGACGGUGAGAACCAGACCACUACCUUGACAAUCUGUUCACCCCUCAGUGUGCCAGAUUCUGUACAAGCCUCCUUGUCAUCUACCUUGUCUGUCUGCAUACCUUCUACCCCAUCAGCCAGUAUGCCAACAAAUAUAUCAGCUCACCUGUUAAACCGUGUUCACCACCCUUUCCAGUGCUCUCUGUGCGACCGCUCCUUCAGCCAGCGAGGCUCUCUGAAUAGACAUGUGCGGAGCCACCUUGGCGUACGGCCCUUCCCCUGCCCCCACUGUCCUAUGACCUUUUCACGUCAGUACCGUGUCACAGAGCACAUGCGUGUUCACCAGCGCUGUGUCCUCGGGAGUGACUUUCCAAGGUACCCUGCUUCUCAAUUAGAUAGACAAAUGAGAUGAAGUUCUGAGAUUAAUUUCAGACUUCAUGGAUAUCUUUGCCCUCCAGAGGCUAAAGCUGGGGACACACCAAGCCGACAUCAAAGAACUAGCGAGGCCUCACGUCGCCUUUGUCUUGGCCAAAAAGUUGCACUCGAACACACCACAAAGACUACAGCCGACGGCCAGUUACCAAGUACGUUCUAC